UGUAUUCGUCGAACGUAAACGCCGUAGUGGAGUCGUGUGGAAUGUGCCACGGUAGCGCACCGAUUACAAUGAGCCGUGAAAAAGCCGACAUUCCCGCGCGUGUGCUGUAGAACUUGAACAAAACAGUGUGAAAAAGUUCUUUACAAAGAGAAAUUGUGCAUUAUUUUAUGUAAUGAACAUAGUUUUGUGACAGGAACGAUUUUAUCUGGAUUUCAAUAUAGUCCUGCGUGUUUAAAUAUUUGUUUGAAAUUGAAGGGCCGCUGCCGGUGCUUGCCGGUGCAAUCCAACUUUUCUUCCGCGAAAGCGUUCUUUGCAGGAUGUCAAACUUUCAACGAACACGGAGCAAGGUUUGGUGGGGUGAUUCACCGCCGACUAUUGGCAGCCCAAUUCCCCAAAAUCGGCCAAAAGACGAACCCGAUUGGGAACCACAAUUACCUCAUUGGAUCGCCAACCAGCAUGAAGAAAUGAAGAAUAGCAGUGAAGAAAAUAUUGCUCAACCCAACAACGUUCAGAUCAAUCAAUGGCCUUUAAGACAUGGCAGCCCAGGUAGCCACAAAAGCCAAGAUUCUGGAUUCUCGGAUUCAGACAGUUCACCACCUCCUUCGCAGUAUUACGCUUCACCGGAUAGCAGUGACUCGAAUAAAAAUAAGUCGUCCAGUAGCAGCGAUUCCAAUAACAACGAAAAUGUUACUGUUAAACUCGCUGAAAACUUCCAAACCACACCGAGCAAAGAUGUUGUUGACAGUCCAAAAGCAAAAGACAAUGUUAGUAGCGGAGCUCCAACUCCGAAACCCCGACUUCGAAGUAGUAGUGUAAUACAGACUCCUUAUGAUUUGCAAAAAUACUACGAAAUUCAUCACGAUGAAGAACACAUACAAUUAUUGAAGGACAAAGAACCAGAAGAAAUCAGUAAACCUGAACCGAAAUACCCAGCACCCACGAAAAUAAUCACCGAAAAAUCUAUCAAAGACAAAAGUAAUAAGAAUUUACCACCGAAACCUGUUAUUUCUAAUCCUGUGCCUAAUAUAAUGUCAGGUACUAAAGUGGAAAUAAAUAUAUCUCCCCCAACUAAUAUUAGUAAUAAAGAGAAUACUCCAAAUAGAAGUGCAAUACAGAAAGAUACCAAAGAAAUAUCAGAUAAGAAUUUAAAUGUGAUAAGUCCAUCUAAAAAGUAUCCUGUUAAGAAAUCAUUUGUCUCGAGCACGGAAAGCAUAACCAAAAUUAGUAAGGUAGCGAAAGUAAAAGAUUUGGAAACCAGCAAAAACAAAGCGGAUGAAAACUUGGAAUAUAUAAAACUGGCUGAUAAUAAUGAAAUUGCAGUAAAAAAUCAGCCUCGAGUUCGAACACCCAUUUCAAAUAUUUCUUACGUACCGACUGAAAGAAUUUCACCGAAAGACUACAGGAAAAGUAUGUCAUAUGAAGAAAAUAUUCCCAUCGACGCAACUCCUCAAUUCCAAAGAAAUAGAUUAAAUAAAUCAUUGAAUUUUGAAGCACAGAGAUUAGAUCAACAAAUUUUAGAUAUUCAUGACGGUUACCGUUCAUUAGGCCACAUAGACGAAGGCGAAGUCGCAGAAGACACUGAAAUAGAAAAUGGGGAAUUUCACAAACCAACAAAAGCCAUAUUAGGGAAGAAUAUCACCGAUAGUUUGCAUUUGAAACCAGCUGGCAAGAAAUCUGGUCUAAAGGCAAAACAGAGAUUAAAUGAGAAAAAAGUAGACAAGAAAGAACUGUUCAGAUUAUUUUCUGGGAAAAGAGAGAAACCACAAGUUGUUCAGACAUAUGCUGGGGGAAUUCUCAAUGGUAGCAAAGAACCGACUCUUGAUUUGCCGAGAGCUCAGGAGCAAAAUUCUUGGGUAAUUGUUGGUUAUCCAGAACAAGAAAGGCUAAUACCAAGUUACAACGAAAGACUUGUCGCUACAGAUAGUGACAUUAAUUUAAAAGCAAAAGAUGUGGCGGACGAGGACUUAUAUCUUAAGAACAGAAAUUUAACACCACCUCCAGAAUUCCAAGAUAAGCAGACGCCCUACGAAGCAGAUUCUAAGACCGAUGGAAACUUAACACAUGAUUCGAAACGAGAGAAGUUAAAAGAGAUAAUAUAUGAAUUGAAUUUCGAUGAUGUUCAACUAAACUUAGCAUGUACUUCGACGCCAAAAAUGCUAGCGCCUCACGAAUAUAUGAACGGACCAAAGAGCAAUAGGAAAACUUCGCUUAGAGCAAAUUUACUGGACAACUUUAGCAGCGGAUUGGUUCUGAACAACAAAGACGAGAUUCUAUACCGGGAACGUAGUAUCGAUCAGACUACAUUAGAAAGACUCUGCGAGAGAAAACCUGAGCCAGUACAAUACUGGCUUUGCGACCUCAUUGGUUCCUGUGAGAACGAAUGUAUGACAACCCUACAGAGCAAGCCCUUGGGGACCGAGAUGAAGGCAACGGUAUCUGCCAGCUCUGCCACAAUCACUGGGAACAUUAAGAAGGUUCAAACUCAUGGACAGAUUAUCGUGCAUCAAUAUAGUGAUGUUAUUAAGCAAAUCGAGUGCAACACGUCAAACGAAGAACAAAUCUGUCUAUUAGUAGCAAAUAUCAACGAAUUCGUCCUAGCUCAUAGCAUAACGCUCAACACCAAACCUCCUGGUGAAACUCCUGAACGAUGGGACAAGAUCAAGAAGUCUCUUCAGUUAUAUCUACAGAAACUUAUCGAUAUAGGCGAAGAUGUGAAACUUGAACUCAAUGAGAGUAAUACGCAGUGGUAUGUUGUAUUAAAACAUCUGGACACCCUGAUUGGCAUCUUCAUGGAAACAACGAAAGCUGUCUUGGUGCAACAGAUGAAGCAUCCGCAGGAGCAAACGGCGUCCCUGCUGGCGUCGCUAUGCCGCGUGGCGCGCUGCAUCCUGCCGCUGUCGCGCAAGGCGGCGGUGCCGGCGGCGCUGGUGUGCUUCACGCGCGCGCCGCCCGCGCUGCAGCCGCGACACGCCGAACUGCGCGCGCUGGCCCGCCUGCACUGCCACGCGGCCGAGGCCAUUUCCAGGCUUGUUGUAGUACCGGAUGUGGCGUACCAAAUCGUGCAACUAGAAGGCGUUCCGCACCUAACCCGUUUAGUUAGGUCGCAGCGAGCGCGGCCGCAGUUGCCUGGACCUGCCAGCGUCAACCCUGACCAAACGCUCAUACACUGCCUCAAGGCUUUAAGGAACAUUUACAAACACCAACCAGAUGCCUUUAGAGAUCAUCAAAAUGACGUAGAAGAGAUGAUACGACCACAUCUGAUGGAGUCUUUGAUGUUGUUCUCAGCGAAACAGGAAAGUUACGUCUAAAUUUGGCCGGUUAAUAUAAUUUUUUUUUUCGUGAAAUGUAUUGAAGAGUAUUUAUUGACUAUGAAAUUACUUGCGUAAUAAAAAAAAAACAAUUCGUUACGAAUUUUUAGCGCGUAAGAAAUUGAGAGACUGAAUUAUUUUUUAAGGAUUCUGAACAUUUUGUGCAUGAAUUUUGUUACAAUGGAUUCUUGACAUGACUUAACACAGUCGCUUGCAAUGCAAUGUAAACACAUUAUUAAUUUAAAUUAUUAGUUAUUUUGCACAAAGAAUAAUCCCAUCUUGGCUUAAUGAUUAACAAUUCAAAAAACGUUUAAGGCAAGUGCAAACAUAUCAAUGCAGGCGGCUGUACCUAGAAUAUACUUAAAAUAUUAUUAUAUCUAUUUAAAACAUGACCAUACAUGCGUAGUUGCUUGUAAGUUGGAAAUACUUUACUUUUUUUACUUUCUCUUAUAUAUUGCCAUACAUUCCACUUUAUGUAAAAGUGUUACUGUACAUAAAAGUCUAAUAAGUAGUAUUAAACAGCUUUGUAAUAAAAACUUAAGAACGUUAUUAUUUAGAUUUAUUUUUAUUAAUCUGUAGUUGAAGGCUGACAUGUUAAAUUUUAAUUCUUAUGAAUUUCAAAGUGUGAAUAAUAUACUCCGUGUUACUACUAACAGUAUGAAUAUUACAUACGAAAAAUCAACAUUUAAAAUGUAUCAUAUUACUUCUAUUUUGUUUUACUAGCUAUCAUAGUCCUUUUCAUGAUAUACUUAGAGUAAGAUCUUGGUAGGCCACAGUGUAUCGUAAUUGUGCUGUGGUGGUAUGUGUGUUUUAAUCUGUGGUGUUUUAUAAGGAUAUGGCCCGCACUUUUUAACAUCGCAAUAGAGAUGCGACCACAAGGAUCAGUGCCUUAUAGUGACAUAUAUUAGUUUAUAGUGACAGUCAAACAAAUUGUUAGUUUUUGUGGGCUCUAAAGGCGCUGUACAAUAUUUGCUAAACAAAAUUGUGAAGUAUUUUGCGCAGUUACUACCGACAAGUCACUGUAAAGUCAGAAAGAGUCACAGUAUAGGGCAAAGUGGAAUCAAGUGCAAUGCACAAUGCCACGUAAAGGCAAAUUGUAAAUACUUCCUAACAAGUGGGAAUUCAACCCUUAACCGCAAUGUACACUGGCGAAAGUUAGAGUUAGAGUGUUUCAUAUAAUCAGGGGCCAUACUUAUUAAAUUAAUUUAUUGACGAACUAGUCCUCGAUAGCCUUUUUACUUGCUUACACUUCAUUAAUAUUGAUAUCUACAUUUGCCCACAAGUAGAAUUACUGUCAAAAUUCUACAUUAGAAAAUCUUAAGUCAUUCACAUAACGUUUAUAUUAGCAAGUUUAUAAAGGCACAGUUUAUAUAGUUUGAUAAUAAUAAAUUUUUUUAUAGAAAUCAUCAAUGUUAACGACAUUUUUAUACACCAUUUUGAUACCACCUCUACUUAAUUUUAUAAAAAUUGCAU